CUUCUCCGCUGAUCCGGCGCACAGUGUGCCCAUAAGGCCCAUUCGAAGUAUACUUACGAGAGCGCGCGAGCUCUCGAGACUAGCGGGCGAGCGAGCGAACCGACCGAUCGGCACGGCCGAAGUGGGACCGCAGAAAAUAAUUGGAGGUGGGGGCUGAUUCAACAAUCGACGUGGACACCCUCGCCUUCCAAAGUCAUUCACCUAACGGUCAUCGCCGCGUCAAGAAUCUUCUUCAUCUUCUUAACUCUUUUUCCUGUUGUUCGCUCGACACCUCCACCGUUAUACGAUCGAACCGAGGAAUAAUUACGCGGCGUGUCCUUUAGACGCUCGAGUAGAAACAGACACUCGGGCGAGUGCGAUCGGACAGAACAGUGAUCUUGUUUUCGUUACGAGGAUUCUCGAAGAAAAUUCAAGUGACACCUCGGAGUGGACUAAUUACCGAUCAAGAAUCGUGGACCGUUAACAUCAAUCUCUAUUUACGCCUGAUGUUGUUCACAAGAGGACUCAGUGAGUUUGUCAGUGCACCAGGUAUCGACUGAAUUUUCGGCUUCGAUCAACACGGGAUUCCCGACACGUGACGUUUCGACGAUUCCCUCCGAGUGAUUGACAGUGUCGGAUCUGUUCGCAACUAUCAUGGUGAUAAAGUGUUGGUUGCUGUGACACAAGGAGCGGAGCAUUCAUCGAUCACCCUUUGAUGAACUUCGCGCAGCAUUAAUCGUCCCGACGUUCUAAGAUGAAUCAACAGUGCAAGGUGUGCGGAGAGCCUGCAGCAGGCUUCCAUUUUGGCGCGUUCACCUGCGAAGGCUGCAAGUCGUUCUUCGGGAGGUCGUAUAACAACUUGAGCAGUAUUUCCGAAUGUAAAAACGGUGGAGAGUGCGUGAUCAAUAAAAAGAAUCGCACAGCUUGCAAAGCCUGUCGGCUGAGGAAAUGUUUACUCGUCGGGAUGUCGAAAUCGGGCUCGCGGUACGGGCGCAGGUCCAACUGGUUCAAGAUUCAUUGUCUGUUGCAAGAGCAGCAGCAACAGCAGCAACAGCAGCAGCAACACUACCAGCAGAAUCUACCGAACCAGUCAUUGACGCAACAACGGAAACCUAUGAGCCCGCCUAUCGGUAUCCACCCGGGGCAACGAAAAGAGGAUGUGAUGUUGCUCGGUUUGGACGAUUACAAAAAUUCUACUUCCCCUAGCAUCAGCUCGCCAGAGUCGCACAACAGCGAUAGUUCCGUGGAAAUUUCAGAGAGAAGGGCAGCCUUCUCGGGGCACCCGGGCUUUCGACCAAUGCAUUCGCAUCUGCAACCCUCCGUGGCCGAGUUGUCGGCGUUGAGCAAGGAGAUGAUGAGUCUACCGCUCGGUUUCCACCUCGGUGGCAUGUCUCUGAUCCCGCCCGCGUUUCUACCACCGCCGAGCCUGACCAUGUUCUCGCCUUACCACUUGUACGCGACGUCUCACGGGAGUUCCCACCCUUUGGUGCCCAACCACUCUUCGAAUCUGCUUCGACACUCGCCUAUGAUCGAAGAGACGAGUAGUACAAUGAGUGCGACGACGACUACCACCACCACCACGAUCACCGUCGACGGGAACGAUUGUGGAAAUAAUAACAACAACAACAACAACAACAACAACAACAACGAUAAAUACGCGCACAAUAAUAACGUGCAGACGUCGAGACAAAGCUCUUCGCCGACUGCAAAAACGGGAGAAACGUUUAACAAAAGAUUCUAUCUGGACGCGGUGUUGAAGAGCCAACGGACACAUGGAGAAGAUUCUCCAGUAGGAUCGGUUAAAACGCGAUCUGAAAAUGAUUCGCCGCCCUCCAGUCCGGUACCAGGGGCGUGCUGUCCACCGCCUCAGGACAAUCCCAUGGAUCUGUCCAUGAAAUCGAUCGUUACUUCUGCGAGCGACGAAACAGAAGACGAGAUAGAUAUGGAGAGCGUAAGCGAUAGAGACAGUCCUCCUCUAAAGAGGAAGUCAGCGCCUAUAGAUUUAACGACGAAAGCUUAGGCAGGAAACAAUCGGUUAGCAUUUUCAACUAUGUUGGUCUUACGAUCCUUCGCGGUUCUAUGAAGUGAAUCGUCGGCUCGUUUGUUUGCGUAGAACGGAAUUAAUUGGUUCCGAGCGUGGAAAGUGGCUAGACGAACGUUGCCAAGUACGGCGCGUGGGAAAGGGACGCGUGAUAUCGUAAUCAAUCGCGCUCCCUUUUCAAUCAGAAAAGCAGUGGGUGUUCGAGCAAGAUUCCCAGAAUCCGGGUAAUACCUUCAAUCACGUCCUCCUUCGUUCGACGUGAAUUACCGCGUCGAGACAAAUCAUUCGCGCCGAAUAGUUAAAUGCGAUUCGCACGCGACAACAAUCGCGCGUAAAUACCCGCAUCGGUUGGAAGGAAUGAAGGAUUAACGUCUCAAUUCCGAGUAAUCGCGGGAAGAAUCGCGGAGUCACCGAUCGACGGCUUGGUUGCGCAAAAGCCAAUCGACUUUAACGAGUCCUCCGGUUUAAUUAACGAGCACGCGCACUCCUGUGGUAAUCACGGUAAUGCUGGAUCCACACUGUCAGAUCCGAACCGGCUACGUACGCCGGUCAGGCGUCCGAAGGCCAUAAAAACAGUGCCAUAAAUUUUAUUACAAAUUCUAAGCAAAAGUUUAUAGAAUCAGCAGGUCCCUCCUCGUAGGCGACGUCGAAUCGAUGCCGAAACAGAGAACUCUCUGUUCUUUAAGUUCAUGCAGAAAUCCAACGAAAACCUAAAUACCGAUUCGCGUUCGUCAAUUAUUUCUACUUUCUCUGAGAAUUCUUUCAUACAAUUCUCUGAGACAAACGCAUAAUAAAAUAUAAUCAAGGACCAAUGAUGUAAGGAACAAUGAUGUAAACUGUAUGUAUAGCGUGAUAAGUAUAAAAAUCAUUGAUCGUUUGUCCUUAUUAUCAUUUUUUAUUAGCGAUGUUAGGCUUAUCUGAAAUAAUUGACUAACGAUCUACAAGAUUUUUACGCGAGAGAAUCGCAAGCUAGGAAUCCCUUGGAUCUUGGACGGAAGGAUACUUGAAAUCCUCGAAACAGAUUGAAUCUACGAAACAAGGAGUCUUUCUAGAGAUUCGGCAUCGAUUUGAAGUCGCUUUCGAUGUAGACUGAGACCUCCUACUUUUACACUUUUGCCUGUAUUCUAUUCUAAAGAUUCCAGCACUGAUCUCGCUGCCUACUGACGUCUCAGCGACGUACGGCACCGGUACGGAUAGUGCGGAUACACUUUAAGACGGGAAGAGAGAGGAACAGGGCCGGGAAACCGGCGCGGCGAUGACGCGUUCGUAGAAGAGCGGGAGAGCAGCGCCGGUGCAACCGCUGGUGUAUCGGUUGAUAAACACGUCAAACUGCGGGGUGCACGUGUUCCGAACGUGCGUUACAAACUGGCAUACACGUGUAGAACGUUGCCAACCGCUUUAUCUUACAUGCGUUCGACGCCUGCCAAUGUAAACGCCUCCGUCGCUGCUCUGCCGCCUCUUCUUUGCUUUUGUCCCGUACCUACCACUCGCGACGAAGGAAUCCUCUGAUAUGAAAAUCAGGCGUUCACCAAUGUGUACACGGUUAAUCGGGUGAACGCCACCCGGGAUAGAACAAACACUUUUCCAGCCUCUGGGGUUGCGCUUGUCAAACACCGAAUUGCUGUUAGGACACGCGAGACCCGUGCUUUGUUUCGCUUCUGAUAUCUCGAAGGUACUUAAAUUUUAAAUCCGUGACGGAUCGUUAUUCGACGAAAGUGAUAAUUUUUAGACAACGAACAAUUGACAUAUUUCCAAGAUUCGGCCAAAAUAGUCAUGAUAUGUACACGAGUCUGUAUGUAAAUAUGGCGUGUUAAGUAGGUUUCUCGCAGCGAUGUUCAGUCGUACAACGAACAGAUAUUCUUUAAGAUUUUCUACACUUAUGCUUCGUUACAUACUCGUUAUCUAUGAUUCUGAGCGUAGUCAGUAAACGGCCAGUAUUUCGUGUAAUGUAUAAUAUUGUUGAUAUCGCGAUACCCAUUUCGAAGAAGUGCAAUCAUAGGUGUACUGUAUUUAAUUGAUAACCGUGCAUGGUGUAAAUCCAAUUGCGUAGCGAAGUGUUUCAGUUAGUAAAUAAGGCAGGGACGAAAGUGUAAAUACGUACAUGCAUAGUUAGGCAAGAUUUGCCUAUACGGGACCCGGACCAGUAAGCACUUACUUGUAUUAGAGAGAGUGGGUAAUAGCGUCUAACGAAUUGCAACGUUCAGAAUGAUUUAAAAAUUAUGAUCGGGCGUUACAAAUAGAAAUCACGUUUUACGUGAAUCGGAAUUUGUCAAACGCUUCGAUAAGUGCAUAAUUACUUUAAAUGCUGUACUUAAUAAGUUUAAACAACCAUAUAAAUUAUUGCAGAACGAAAAAGUUAAUUACAAAUAGAAUUAUCGUCACUUUACUUCAAGCUAUUGUUGCAAAACUAUUAUAUACUACUUCACAAGUAAAAUACAGAUCAUUGAUUACCAGGGCCCUUAUGUUUGUAUGUAUAAAUUUCUUUUAAAAACUCACCGUUUUACUGAUGCCGACAUCCAAAUUGUUGAAGUCGUUGACGUCAUCAGGAAUCCUUACCGCGAUAGAACGUUGUUUACCAGUGAAUACCACUUUUGAGCGAUAUCCCGAGAAUCUACAAUAAUUAUUAAAUUAUUAGAAUUAGCGAUUCGUUAGAGUCACAGCAUCAUUCACUGCCACAUUAAACUAGCGAGCGCAUUAAACUAGAACAAAUUACUGUACAGAACUUUUAUACAAAGAACAUUGCAAACAAUAAUGUUAGUAAAAGAGUUGAUAA